AUGAGUUCAAAAGAUAUAUUGCAGUACAAAAAAUCUUCAAAAAUAACGGGGAAUUUCAAAGCUAGCUCGCAAGUUCCACUACUUUUCAGUUUUGUUUCAUUGUUUGAAACAAAGAAAAACAAAUUUUUCAUAAAAUCUAAACUUUUCAGAUCAUUUUGCCUAGUUUACAAUAAAGAAGGACCUAAAUUGGGUUCAGGCUACGAAGCAAAAGACAUUACAGCUACAAUUUUUUCAGAGACCAAACAAAUUCGGAUGAAGACUGAAAACUCUCAUUUCUCAGUCAUAAUAACGUUGAAGCCAGAAAAUGAUGAGGAUUUCCAAAGUUUGCGUAAAAAAAUCAAAGAAGCUAUUGAGAAUACUACUGAGAAUACUACUGAAAAAGCCCCUUCAAAAGAUGAAAAGAAUUUUGAAGAUAAAAAAGAUUCAUAA